AUGUUAUCUUCGAGUGCGUUUUUACUUCUGUGCCUGAGUUGUACAUACCCCACUUUGUCAUUGUCUCUCAACAGAUACUCGCCAGGCAUCCUGGAGGGGGGAUGCGCAGACACUCCAGACCCCCUUCAAGUUGGACUUGGACGGGCCCCGUUCAUAGUCAAUCCGGAUUAUGAGAACCAGUCCGGGUUUUUGGAAACGAUGGAUUUGGCCUUCGGUGCUGCUCAUGGAUAUAACAAUUUAGGGGGCCCAAACUGGUUUCCGUCGAAGGAGUCGUUUCUUCUAGAGAGAAGAGUGCCAGCGAAAAAAAAGGCAAUGACCAUCAAUCUUGUUAUCAGUCUGACCAACGAAACGCUCCCGCAUUGGGCUUACGAUAUCGUUGAUGGAAAAUGGGGCGCUGACGUUUCGGUCUCUGCGUACGUCAAAACCCCAGGUCUCAGUCGCAGAGAGAGCGAGGAAGGGAGGGUGUUGAGAGUAAGCGAUCGUCUGGAGAUGAUCGCCAUUCCCGAUGUCGGGCGAAACGAACAUGCUUACGUGUGGCAUCUGGCGCGAAAAGCUCCGUCCUUCGCAGACGUUGAGAUUUUUACAAAAACCAAUGGUGCGAAUUGCCACGUCGACGUUCGGGAGGUAAUGGUAAAAACCAUGGUGGACGUAGCGCGGAACGGCACUUAUGGAUCUGUGUCCUACCCAUGGGAGUAUGACCGGCGGUAUUUGCAGGUGCGGUGCGACAGCGCAUGGGCAGAUUUCCCUCUCUACCACGCAUUCUGCGAGUCUGGUGCCAAGGGGGUCUUGAUCCCCGCGAAGAGUUACAAGAACGGCAGUGUUCCUCUGUAUGCAGUAACGUCACGGGUUACAGCUAGCAAAGGCCCAGCCGAUCUCAGUUUUGCCUUGAGCCAGUUGAAGCAGCCGCUCCCUUUUAUCCAAGAGACGUACGGUGAGGGCAUGUUCUCUGUGCGGCGAGACGUGCUGAACAAGUUUUCUGAUAGCUGGUACCGCGACUGGAGGAAUAUCACUUAUGCAGCUAGUUGGGGAGCCGAGUACGAUGGCCACCACCACGACCAGGCUAUGAUGGACACCUUCCCUUUGCUGUUCGCCCGGGCAUCCGAAGUUUCGGAGUUUCCCGCGUGGUUCGUGUCUACAAGCACCGUGGACUUGUUCGAUCGGGUCGACCUGUUCGAGAAGUUCAAAGGUCAAUAG